AUGGCUGACAACUUAUACGAAAAGCUCUGGCAUGAGCAAGCAGACGAGAUAGCGGCCCUGAAGACUCGAAUCGCAGAAUUGGAUGCGCGAUUGAUCUCGCUCGCUUCAACUUGUUCGUGUGGUGCUCAAGAGGAACCCCGGACAGCAAAACUAGAGGAGAACGAGAUUGGCAUCCCCGCUGAAGAUCCGGGAAAGCUCUCUCGUUGGGCUGCUCAAGAACCACUGCGCGAACCUAAAACUAAAGAAGAGGAUGUGAUCCCCCCUGUCCUAUCUGAAAGCCAGGCAGAGGUCGUCAUGGAUAGCGCGAGCGGCCUCACUGAUUCUCGCACCGCCGUUUCCGCCUCGCCGGUUGGUAGUGGAACUUUGGAAGCCCCACUUGAUGCAGUAUUAGCUGCACGAUUGAAGGAUUCCGAGUCGGAACGUCUUGCAAACCAGCAAGAGAGCAGCGACGUGUGGAGCGCCGCGAAGAGAGCUAGACCUCUCGCUGAGGAUACAAUCUCACAGUCUUCGAAGCGGGUCCGGCAGUCGACGCCUUCUCCCGAACCUUCGUCUUCGUCAGAACACGCAAGCACGAUCGACAUGCCCGUCGCUCCUUGCUUUGGACCACACCCCCAACUCGUCUACGGCGAAAAUGUCGCACAUGGCUCUAAUCAUGAGUUUCGGUCGCGGCUAGACGAGUUGAACGAACACGUCGCCGUCAGUCGCGAGUUCGUGCAGACGGUCUUCGGCGGAACAUUUCACGGCAUGCACUUGGAAUUCCACGACCACGAUCGUGCUAUGCGGCACCACAAGCACACAGGGUGCCUCUUUGUCGACCGUGCGCACAUGCUGGAACCGGCACGGAGCCAUUAUUGGCAUUCUUAUGAGCUCUUGUUUGCUGGAGCUGGCCAGGAGUGGCCCGGAGAAGACGAGGGUUCGCGGCAUCUCAUGGUCAUUUCGAGUGUCGACGGCCCAGACGAGAAAUACGUAUACAGGGGAGAGUAUAGCUUCAGGAGGACCUAUCUGUCGAGAUUCUUAGAGGACCUCGAGGACGAGGAGAAGAAGUGGUGGGGCGGCCUGAUUGCGACCGGGUCCCAGCGGGAGGGCGUAUCCCGUAAUCCCCGAGCCGAAAUUUGGCUGCGCAAAUUACAACGUCGUACGGUCGGCGUGACGGAGUACGUCGAUGCGGCUUUUAAAGGCUUUCCUAUGACGGCCGAGGAAGUCGUGGAAGCCUAUGAGGAGGGGUUGCUGCCUCUGAAGACGUGGAGGUUGAUAAAGGAGGGCUAUCGCGUGGGCUUUCAGCGCAGGCUUGUAAGAGAAUUAUCGGCCUUGCAGGACUGUGACUCCGAUGACGACCCAUGGUGUUGA